GACCCGGAGGGGGAUCGGCCAUGUUGCUGGGUGACCCCGCGAGCGGCGUCUGGAGGAUGCGGCUGCCGUGAGGCCUCGGGGUGCCUCUCCCGGCCCUUCCCGGUGCGUGCGGGAGGUCGGGCCGGCAGCGGGCGCAGAGAGCGGUACCGGGCUGUCCUGACGAGGCCGCGGGGUCCCGCCGGUUCCGCUGUAGCCUGGCUCGCGGCCCUCAACUGACGGCCCCGGCAGCUCCGGAACAUCCCUCCGGGAAGGGGGAAGUGGCCCCAGCCCCCCGCUCCUCCCCUCUCCUUAGAUCGGCCGGCCGUUCCCCAUGGCAACGUGGUCCCGGCAGGCCGUCCUGACCCUUUACCGGGCUCUGCUGCGCGAGGGCCGCGGGCUGCGCUAUACCGACCGGGAUUUCUACCUGGCUUCCAUCCGCCGUGAGUUUCGCAAGAACCGGGGGCUGCAGCGGCUGGAGGAUAAGGAGAGGCAGCUGGAGAAGGGGCAGGCUUUCCUGCAGAGCAAGCUGGGGGGCCUGGUGUAGAGGUUCCCUGUCCCCCUCCGCUUCCCUCUCCUUUCUAAAAUCCUCUCACCUACCACGGGAUGAUGACUGCUUCCUGCCCACUGCUACCUUGAAAUUGGCCAGAAGGUGCCUCUACAGCCACGCCAGGAGGGCUCUCCUGUUCUCCGUACAAAUGCUUUAGGUCACAGGUGAGAUGGCGGGCGCUGGGCCGCGCAAAGG